AUGUCCGACGUUGAAUCCAACAACGAGAAGCCACCUCAGGACGUCUACGAAGACGAGGAGAUGUCCGAGGAUGACGACAUCGACGCCUUGAUCGAGGAGUUGCAAUCCCACCACGGUAUGGGCGACGACGACGACAGCGAGGACGAGGGCCACCACACUGGCUCCGCCCGUGUCGUCCCAGAGGAGUACUUGCAAACCGACCCAUCCUACGGUUUGACCUCCGACGAGGUCGCUCACAGACGUAAGAAGUACGGUCUGAACCAAAUGGCCGACGAAAGAGAGUCCAUGAUCGUCAAGUUCGUCAUGUUCUUCGUUGGUCCUAUCCAAUUCGUUAUGGAAGCCGCCGCUAUCUUGGCCGCCGGUCUGUCUGACUGGGUCGAUUUCGGUGUUAUCUGUGGUCUGCUAAUGUUGAACGCCUGUGUCGGUUUCAUCCAAGAAUUCCAAGCCGGUUCCAUCGUCGACGAACUAAAGAAAACCUUGGCUAACGUCGCCGUUGUCAUCAGAGAUGGUCAAUUGGUCGAAGUCCCAGCUAACGAGGUUGUCCCUGGUGAUAUCUUGCAAUUGGAAGACGGUACCAUCAUCCCAGCCGAUGGUCGUCUAGUCACUGAAAACUGUUUCCUACAAGUCGAUCAAUCCGCUAUCACUGGUGAAUCCCUGGCUGUUGACAAGGGUUACGGUGACCAAACUUUCUCUUCCUCCACUGUCAAGAGAGGUGAAGCCUUCAUGGUCGUUACCGCUACCGGUGACAACACCUUCGUCGGUAGAGCCGCCGCUUUGGUCAACAAGGCCUCCGGUGGUCAAGGUCACUUCACUGAAGUCUUGAACGGUAUCGGUAUCUUGCUAUUGGUUUUGGUCAUUGUCACCUUGUUGGGUGUCUGGGCUGCUUGUUUCUACAGAACUGACAACAUCGUUAAGAUCUUGAGAUUUACUCUAGGUAUUACCAUUAUCGGUGUCCCAGUCGGUUUGCCAGCUGUCGUUACCACCACCAUGGCUGUCGGUGCUGCUUACUUGGCUAAGAAGCAAGCCAUCGUCCAAAAGUUGUCCGCUAUUGAAUCCUUGGCUGGUGUCGAAAUCUUGUGUUCCGACAAGACCGGUACUUUGACCAAGAACAAGCUUUCUUUGCACGAACCAUACACUGUCGAAGGUGUCUCUGCAGAUGACUUGAUGUUGACCGCUUGUUUGGCUGCUUCCAGAAAGAAGAAGGGUCUAGAUGCUAUCGACAAGGCUUUCUUGAAGUCCUUGAUCAACUAUCCAAAGGCUAAGGACGCUUUGACCAAGUACAAGGUCAUUGAGUUCCACCCAUUCGACCCUGUCUCCAAGAAGGUUACCGCUGUUGUUGAAUCCCCAGAAGGUGAAAGAAUCGUCUGUGUUAAGGGUGCUCCAUUGUUCGUCCUAAAGACUGUCGAAGAAGACCACCCAAUCCCAGAAGAUGUCCACGAAAACUACGAAAACAAGGUCGCUGAAUUGGCUUCCAGAGGUUUCAGAGCCCUUGGUGUCGCCAGAAAGAGAGGUGAAGGUCACUGGGAAAUCUUGGGUGUUAUGCCAUGUAUGGAUCCACCAAGAGAUGACACUGCUGAAACUGUUAACGAAGCUAGAAGACUAGGUUUGAGAGUUAAGAUGUUAACUGGUGAUGCCGUCGGUAUCGCUAAGGAAACCUGUAGACAAUUGGGUCUAGGUACCAACAUUUACAACGCUGAAAGACUAGGUCUAGGUGGUGGUGGUGACAUGCCAGGUUCUGAAUUGGCUGACUUUGUUGAAAACGCCGAUGGUUUCGCUGAAGUUUUCCCACAACACAAGUACAAGGUCGUCGAAAUUUUGCAAAACAGAGGUUACUUGGUUGCUAUGACUGGUGACGGUGUUAACGAUGCCCCAUCUUUGAAGAAGGCUGACACUGGUAUCGCUGUCGAAGGUGCUUCUGAUGCUGCUAGAUCCGCUGCUGAUAUUGUUUUCUUGGCCCCAGGUUUGUCUGCUAUCAUCGAUGCUUUGAAGACCUCCAGACAAAUUUUCCACAGAAUGUACUCUUACGUUGUCUACCGUAUCGCUUUGUCUCUUCACUUGGAAUUGUUCUUGGGUCUAUGGAUUAUCAUCUUGAACCACUCCUUGGACAUUGAGUUGAUUGUUUUCAUUGCCAUUUUCGCCGACGUCGCUACUUUGGCCAUUGCUUACGACAACGCUCCAUUCUCUCAAACUCCUGUUAAGUGGAACCUACCAAGACUAUGGGGUAUGUCCAUUAUCUUGGGUAUUGUGUUGGCUAUCGGUACCUGGAUCUGUUUGACUACCAUGUUCUUGCCAAGAGGUGGUAUCAUCCAAAACUUCGGUUCCAUUGACGGUGUUCUUUUCUUGCAAAUCUCUUUGACUGAAAACUGGUUGAUUUUCGUCACCAGAGCCGUUGGUCCAUUCUGGUCUUCCAUCCCAUCCUGGCAAUUGGCCGGUGCUGUGUUCGCCGUUGACAUCAUUGCUACCAUGUUCACUCUAUUCGGCUGGUUCUCUCAAAACUGGACCGACAUUGUCACCGUUGUUAAGAUCUACAUCUGGUCUAUCGGUGUCUUCUGUGUCUUGGGUGGUUUCUACUACAUCAUGUCUGAAUCCGUUGUUUUCGACAGACUAAUGAACGGUAAGCCAUUGAAGGAAGAGAAGUCCACCAGAUCUGUCGAAGAUUUCUUGGCUGCUAUGCAAAGAGUCUCCACUCAACACGAAAAGGAAAACUAA